AGCAAGUUCUUAUCAUUUUGUGCUCCUUUUUCCAUACCUGCAAACAACUCCCAGUCAACAAAAAUGGUUAACUUGAAGCUCUACUUCUACGGAGUUUUUGUUCUAAUCUGCUUUCUACUCCACGUGGUCGGAAUCCUAUCGAAUUCCAUUUUUAUAUACUAUAGUAAAAUAAUGGGUGAAAAGGAUCUGGUAAGAGUUGGGCUCACAUUCUGGAGAUCUUGGUGGCGGGACGCCUCUACGGUUGCCGUUUUCACAUGCCUUUUGUCGGCCAUUUUUCAAAAUCUAGUGAUCGUGGCGUAUUUCUUUGUUAUUCAUGAGUCACACACCAAAAACCAGGAAUAUUCUUAUUCUCGGAAGCUCAUAGUUUUGCUGAAACUCAUUAAAUGGGUGUUGCUAGCUAAUACUCUUUUCAUAAUUGUUAACUCAAUUCUACUCACACUGUCGGCUACGUCUUUUAGUUUUGGAUUCUCAUUGUGGCUUCAAGUUGCAUCACUUUGCAUUAGCCCUGUCAAUAUUCUGAUUGCCAGGCGCUUUGAGGAAUUGGUAACGUUGACUAUGAAGCAGAAGUUCACAAAGAUUCACCCAUUGUUACUUGAAAUUCCAAAUGAUUCUGUUGGCUUGAAGAGCGGUGAUCCAAAAAUCAGUGAUUUGUAAAUAAAUUUGAACUGAAUAUA